AAUUAAUAGAUGACUAGUUUUUAAAUAAGUCAAGUCAAUUUUAAUUGUUUGGUUAUUGUUCAAGUGAGUGUAAACACGGUAACAAAAUUAUUGCAAAAUCGCAUCCUUAUGACGCAGGACAAUUUGACAUUUCGGUACAGAUUUGAGCAAGUUGACACGCAUGAUUUGCUUUCGCAGGCCGCAUUAAAAUGACAAGACGGGCCGAAUGUGGCCCCCGGGCCUUGAGUUUGACACCUGUGCCCUAAAGUGAUACAGUGGAGUACUGUACAGCGUUUUUUUUUUCCCCAAUGAAAAACUUUUGUCCAUUUCUUUUUAUCAAAAUUAUAAUUUAGCAGGUUUUUGCUCUUUGUUGUUGAGAUUGAUCUCUAUCCCAAGUGAACCGCAUUCAGUGCAGUGCAUGCUGUUUACUGGUCUGAACAAGGGAUGGGAGGGGGGGGAAAUCAUUUCUCACACACCCCACACCACAGGACAAUCACUUCGGAAAGUUUUUUUCCCCCUGAGACAACUGGAAUGUGCUGACGAUAUGAUUGCAAGGGAGGGAAAAUCCUCAAAUCCAGCCUAAUUAUUAUGAUGCGUGGACCCUGCUUUCCAUUUAGAACAGGUUUAACUUUUUUUUUAACCAUAUAGUGUGCUGAGCUGAUCAAUGUGGAGGAAAAAAAACUGUCUUAACACACCAAACACCCCAGGAUCAUUGCUGAGGAUAUUUUCGGAGAUGUCAGACAAUCUGUGUGUGUGUGUGUGUACCCCACUAAAGCUAAUAAACACUCCUCAUCCUUGUUAAGUUUUGUUUACCAGGCACCCAGUGGCGACUGCGGCGUAAGCAGUUUCAGGCCAACACUUUGUGGAACAUGCUCGUGGCAGGGCAGAGCGGGACAAUGCAUGGGCUCAGGCAGGACGCUGAAGUUGGUGGUGUGCGAGUUGCUCCAGUUCGCCGGCCUGUGCGUGCCGCUCAUCGUGGUCAUGCAGCGCUUCGCCGCCAUCGUGGCCAAAGUCCAAGGAGGGGGCAGCACCGGCGGGGCCUACUGGCUCAUUGUGGCCUCGUCGGUGGCCUACGUCACAUCUGUCGCUCUUCUGGUGUGGGUGCCCCUCAAGUACAUGGUGUUUGCCAAGAAGAGAUUCCUGGUCGGGAGGAAGAAGUGGAGGCCUGUGGCCCUCGUGUUUGUGAUCGUCUCCACAAUGCCCUGCUUUGCAUUCCUCAUCGCCAGCUCUGAGGUUCAAAUCCGCAACAAUCUGCGUCACGACACGUUCGGCGAGCUACCUGUGUCACUCAUCCUUUUCUCACUCAUCUGCAUGGACGUGGUGGAACGGAUACGGCACUGCAGGCUGACAGGACAGGAUAACCCGGCGAGAGAAACCGAGAUCCCUUCCUCGGUGGUGACUCACGUGGAACAAGUCACACCCAUCAAUCCAGCCGUUCCGGGGUCUGUAAUCACGGGUUCUGGAACAUCCGGUCCACGCCUGCCCGGUCAAGUUACUGGGUCCCAGGUGGUGCCAGCAGGGACGACAGGCCAGCGGGGGAGCGACAGAAGCCACAUCGGCUCCGGCCUUCGAACAGAACCAAAUGGCACCGUUCCGAGAAUACCUGGAAGCUCCGAGCGAGGGUUCAGGGCCUCGGAAUCUGGGUCCCAUGUGACGCACACCCGCUCGGGCCCGCUGCGGUUCCUGUGGGCCAGCGACGCCCGCGCCGAUGUGUUUGUGGACGGCUUUAUGUUCUGGAUGGACACGGCGGAGAUGACGCGUGCCGUGUCCCACCCGCUGGUGUGCUACUCGGGCUGGGUGUGCCCCAUUUACGUCUUCUGCUGCCUCUCUUGCCUACGGGUGGCCGUCACCCCCCACGACCCGUUGCUGUCCUCGCUGGGCGUCGUUCUCCAGGACCUACCCUUCCUGUUCGUGCGAGCCGGCCUGCUAGCCUUCAUCGGUUUGGUCACGCCGCUGCUCUACCUGCUGAAGAAUCUGCUGGUGUGCUUCGCUUUCAUCUACUUCAACUUCAUGACCAAGCUCAGGAUCUUCAACACACAGAGGAUGUACUUGUAGACUAUUCAAACUUGCGGGGCGGGGGCGCGGCGGGGGACCUCACAUCGGUGCACAACAACAGAACAUGCGUCUGAGUCUUAGUCCGUGAAAUAAGAAAAACUAAAAUUGAAAAAAAAUUUUUUUUUGUCAAUUUUGGUAGUCAUGGAUUACUGAUCGAACAGUGGUUAAGUAAUUGUACUUCAUUACUCAAUACUUUUGUGACUUUUUCUUUCAUCUUAGACACAACAAAUAUGCCGUAUUUAAACAUAAUAAUUUUU